CUUGGCGAUGAUAAAAGAUGUUUCGACGAUUUUCCAAUUGUGACGACUAUUGCCCUACCCUAAACCUACUGUAGUCUACUAAGGAACAUAUGCUGUGACCCAUGAGUGACUCAUACGUAUAAUGGCAUUGGCUAGACAAUAUAUUGCUCAACUAGUCAUUGUACUUUAAUCGUUAUCCAAUUAUGUAUAACUUACAGCAGCAGUAAUUUAGUCGCCUCACCUCAAAGAAGUCAUCUUAACUAUCCAGUCAAAAAAACCUAAAUAAGUAUACUCAUUAACGCUGGUGUAUGUAAAUCGGUCCACGGGAAAAAAAGACUACCACCAACAUGCGGGCUCGUCCGGGAUCGUCUCCUAUGCUAGCCAAGUGUGACGUUGAUUUUCUAAUAAGUUCGUAACUAUACUCGUACUAUACGAGUAGCGGUAGCGUUAAUGGCGGCGAAGAGACCCUCUCCGAGGGCAAGAAAUCUUGUUUCUUAUUGAUCAUCGGCUCCAAGAUUGCCGCCUCAAACUUCUCGGGUCCGAUCGCCAUUUAUUGGGACGACGGUGCUUGACGCCCUUGGUGACUAACGUGCGUCAGUGGACUAGCGAAUAUAGCUAGUUCGAAUACGAGCUGCGCCCGGACGCCUGAAUAUCCUAUGUUUCCUUACCAUCCUUCUAUGUCAUGUAUGUGAUUGAAAUAUCGGUGACUUGAAGACACUCGGACUUUAAGACGCAAGUUCCCGAAAUGGAUACACGCUCCGAGCUCUUGAGAAAGCUCGAAGAAGCCGACAUUGAUGGAGCGAACACGAGUAGCGGUGUCGUGCGGGAUUCGGAAAUGUAUGAAAAAAUUAACUACAUCAUAGGAUACGUGUUUCUCAUGUUCACGUUUCAAAUGGGCGCUAUUUGCGGUACAUUGUGGAUUAUUGAACGUAGUACUAACGCUGAAGACCGAUUCAUGGCCGCCGUCGAGUAUCGUAUGUCGGCCGUCACGUAUUUUAUAAUCACCUCAAUAUUCACAGUAUCAACCAGCCUAUACCACAGUCGUUUCCCCUAUAAUGUCGUUAUUCUGACCGUAAAUCUCUCAGGCCUGGCCGUCGUUUUCUUGAUCCAGGUGCUAAAGUUUGGCCUGGAGCGUUCAAAACUGAGUGAUAUCCCAGCGGUACGCUUUGCAUCCCUCUGCUGCAUUUUACUUUCUGGUGUUUCAUUUAUGGCGCCGGUAUUUUCGUCAUCAUUGAUCGUGGGCUGUUUGCUGCGAUUGCUUAUCAUAUUUUCAACCAUGAUAUUAACCCUGAUAGGCUAUCGACUCUACGAGGAAUUCAGAUUUUUAUCUCUGUUUCUACUUUUCUUCGUACUACUUUACGUUGUUUGGCGUUCGGAACGUCUGGCUCGCGAAAAGCACGUGCAUCAUGCCAAAGAGCACGGCAGUAGCGACGCAUUUGGUUUGUCUAUGGAGCUUCCGACAGCAAUUGACGUUACUCUUCAAAUCCUAGCCGGACCAUUGGCUGUCUUUACCGGACUUCUCGCCAUGUCGGUAACUAUGCUCUUACCUCAGCACCCGUGGCUUUGAGGUCAUGUUCCG